AUGACGGAACUCAAUAGUAGCUCAGGACUCCGCGUCUUGAUCGUUGGCGCGGGUAUUGGUGGUCUUACUGCAGCUAUCGCCUUGAGACAGCAGGGACACGAUGUAGAGCGUUGGUUGCUUGUGCACCGCGCUCAUUUCCAUGAAGGACUCAAAGCCGCAGCUCAAGGUCCUGGUAAAGGCCGACCAGCUGUGCUCCAUACAGCAAGCAAGAUCGUCGAUGUUGAUGCAGACAAAGCCACUGUGACCUUGGAGAACGGAGAGAUUAUCGAGGGAGAUGUCUUGAUCGGCGCAGAUGGAGUUCACUCCUUAACUCGAACCAAGAUAUCGAACGCACAGCCAUACCCCUCAGGAAAGAAUGCCUUCCGCUUCCUUAUCACUCGCCAACAAGCACUGGAUGACCCAGAGACAAACAGCAUCGCGCGUGAUUUUGGAGCUGUUGAUAUGUGGGACUCUUCUGAUCGACGGGUAGUGAUCUACCCAUGCGCAAACAACGAGCUGUUGAACUUCGUCUGUAUCCAUCCGGACUCUAUUACGACCAUCGAUGCUGGUGGUGACUCUUACAACCAGCAAAUUGGCAAGGAUACUUUGCUGGAGGUGUUCAAGGAUUUCAACCCUCAGGUCAAGAAGUUAUUGGAGAAGGCAGACCCGCAGACUCUGAAGCUCUGGCCGCUCUUGGAUAUGGAAACACUUCCCUCAUGGGUCGAGGGUCGACUGGCUUGCCUGGGUGACGCCGUUCAUCCAUUCCUGCCAUAUCGCGCAUCUGGUGGUGCCAUGGCGAUCGAAGAUGCCGUCUCACUUUCAGUCAUGCUGCCAGGUGAUAUUACUCCCGAGGAGGUUCCCGAGCGAUUGAAGGUGUAUCAAAAGGCACGCCAUGAACGUGCGACAACUGUUCAGCAGAUGACACGAGACUCUGCCACUCUGAUUUCUCAGGAGAAGGCCAUGGGUAUGAUCGCAUAUAUUUACGGUCACGACGAAUUUGAUCACUCUGCCCAAGUUUUGCGAAAGCACCUUUGGUCGCAAAACCCUCACAUGUACUGGCGUCAACCCAUUGUCUUUGGACCCAUGCCUGGUCCCCGACAGGAUCAUAUGGGACGCGACCGUGCACUGAAGUCUUUGGAGUCAACAUUUGUGACUGCCUCCAUCAAGUUCAAGACCAGCCGCACGCUUCUGCAGAAUCUGUUCCCUUCAGAUCGGUACAGUUUCAUCUCUCCAUCCAGCGUUGCGCGCGCCAGUUUCUCACAGACCACACUGAAUGGAAUGGACUGGCUGGGUGGCGGCGGAUACCGACACAUCGGACUCUAUAUCCAUGGAGUGCAAUACAAGAAGGAAAAUGGGGAAGUGCUAAAGGGAACAUACAUGCCAAUUCUCUUCGAGAGUUUAGCAGACCCAAUCGUCUCAGGUCGUGAAGAGCUCGGUAUGCCGAAACUAUACACAGCGAUUGACAUCCAUGAGCGCAACAAAUCUUUCAGGCUUCAAACCAGCUGGCAGGGAGCAGUGUGGGGCCACUUCGAACUUGAAGAUCUGGAGGAUCAAGAUCCAUCUGCCGACAAGGGAACGAUCGGCGGCGAAGACGACGAUGGAAUUCUGGUCUAUCGAUACAUUCCCAAAGUUGGUCAGGCUACCAAGGGAGAAGCGGAGGCAGAGUAUCCGGUCUUUGUGCCACACGCGCAAGAGUCCAAGGUGGUCCCGUCUAAAGUGACGCGUUUGCGGCGGACCAAGAAUGCGAAAGUGGAGAUCAACGGGCUCGGCUGGGAUGCACUGCCUACGCUCCACCAUGUGGUUUCGCGACUGGCGGAGAUCCCUAUAGAUGAGGUGAUCGAUGCGAAGAUCACCGAGGGACGGGGCGUGCCUGAUGUUUCCAGUGCUCAACGAAUCGAGUAA